AUGACGCUUCUAAACUACCUGUUGACGUCGUCGGUAGUUCUUGCUCUAUUGACACUGUCUGCGACAUGUUAUGCCGUGGUCCUAGGCAUCUACAACAUUUACUUUCAUCCCCUACGCAAAUAUCCUGGCCCCAGGCUCUGGGCAGCCUCAAUUCUCCCUUCCCUUUGGUAUUCCACCCACGGUGAAUUGGUCUACAAACUAACAGAACUGCACGAACGAUUUGGCCAUGUUGUCCGCAUCGCCCCUGACGAAGUGGCUUAUAUUGGCCAGGAAGCCCAGAAGGAUAUUUAUGCCUUUGGAGGUGGAUCUGGACCUUUCACCAAAUCACCCGAUUUUUAUUUUUCUCUAGGCGGUGCCCACUCCAUUGUGACCACACCAAGCAAUGGGGAGCAUGCAAAAGUUCGAAAGAUUCCCAGCCCAUCGUUCUCGAACAAGGCGACCAACGACCAAGAGGAGUCCAUCAUGAAGUUCACAAAUCUUUUCAUCCAGCGGCUACACGAGAGGGUGUCUCAGGGCCCUCAAGACCUUAGCGAGUGGUUCAAUCUUAUCACUUUUGACAUCAUUGGUGACUUGGCCUUUGGUGAACCAUUUGAGAGUGUCGAUAGUGGCCGCUACCACCCCUGGGUUCGCACAAUGACUCAAAACAACAUAUGGAGUGUUCUGGUCGGCUCUGCUAAGCGGCUUCCACUUCUCCAACCAUUUCUGCAACGCCUGAUUCCUCAACACCUGAAAGAGGAGAUGAAACAGAUGAUCACUUACACCAAAGACAAAGUCGCCAGCCGCGUCCCUCAAGGGUUUAUGCGCGAUGACUUUAUGGGCCCCCUACUCCGGGCAGGCUCAUUUAUUGCAGGAAGUGAUACAACGGCAUCCUUGCUAUCUGGCCUUACCUAUCACCUGUGCCAAAACCCGCAUGUGCUGGAUAAACUAACCGCAGAAGUGAGAUUGGCCUUUCAGAGUGACAAAGAAAUCAACCUGACCAGUGUCAAUUCCCUGACAUAUACACUGGCAGUCCUUAAGGAAGGCCUGAGAUUGUUCCCUCCUGCUUCUGCUGGAUUGCCCAGAAGGGCACCCAAAGGCGGUGCUACGAUCGCAGGGCAAUGGGUACCUGAAGGGACACGGGUCCACGUUAGUCCUUGGGCGUCGUAUAGGUCGUCCUCUCGCUUUUACAUUCCGGAAUCCUUCGUCCCCGAAAGAUGGUUGGGCGAUUCUCGGUUCGCCAAUGAUGAAUUGAAGAUUGUUACCCCAUUCAGUAUCGGUCCUCGGAACUGCAUUGGCAUGAAUCUUGCUUACGCUGAAAUGCGCACAAUCCUUGCAAAACUAGUCUGA